AUGCAACCGUUCUCCAAGUUUUUCAGGGCCUCCCAGAGCCAGAAGCAUGGACGCACAGCUUUUACUACCAAAAUUCCAGUGCUCUUUCUCGGAGGCACCGGCUAUGUGGGCGGCACCUUCCUCAGCCGCAUCCUCGCCGACCCGGCCCUGCUCUCCAAUCUUGACAUAACGCUGUACAUUCGCUCGUCCGAGAAGGCCAAGUACAUUGAGGACGAGUUUCCCUUCUUGAAGACCGUCAUCGGCACGACUGCAGAGCUUCACCGACUCGAGCAGCUCGCCGAGCUUGCCCACGUGGUUGUCAACUUCGUCAGCGCGGACGACACCGACAUGGCGCAGGCGCUCCUGCGCGGGCUCAAGAAGCGUCACCGCAGGUUGAACGACCGCCCGUUCGUGUUGCACACCACCGGAACGGGCGUCCUCGUCGAUUUCAGCCGCAAGAUGGGGAACUUCAUCACAGAUGACAUAUACUCGGACAUGGACGUCGAGAGGCUGGACCGCAUCCCGGCGGACGCGCUCCACCGUCCGGUGGACCUUCUCUUCCUCGAAGCCGACAAGGAAGAUCCCGCGCUCAUCCGGGACGCGCUCGUCAGGAAGCGCGUCGGGAUCAUCGGCGAGGGCCAGGCGAUCUGGGACAACGUCCACGUCGAAGACCUCGCCGACCUCUUCGCGAUCAUCCUGCGCCGCAUGCUCUCCGACCCCGCUUCGCUCGCGCACGGCCGCGAGGGCUACUUCUUCGCCGAGAACGGCGAGCACCUCUGGCGCGAGCUCUCUGCCCGCGUCGCGGACGUCCUCUACGCGCUCGGCGCGAUCGACUCCCCGGAGCUGCUCAAGUUCGAGACGGAGGACGGCAUCGGGGAGUUCGCGAAGAACGAGCCGUACGUGUUCGCGAACGGGACGAACGCGCGGUCGCGCGCCGUGCGGGCGCGCCAGCAGCUGGGGUGGACGCCGAUGAGAGGCCUCAACGACCUUUGGGCGAGCCUCAAGCCGGAGGCGGAGGCCCUCAUCGCGGAGAUGGGGAUGCGCUGUUAA